AUGAGCACAAGAAGCAAUCAAGAAAACAAAGAACCGCAUGACGAACACAGCCUCAUGGAAGGAGAAAUCGAAGAGGUAAGCAUGAAAAUACCCUCGUUCUGGAAACACAAUCCAGAAGUAUGGUUCGCGCAAAUGGAAGCGCAAUUUAGGACGCGAGGGAUAACGAGGCAAGAGACCAAAUUUGAUUACGUAGUCGGAACGAUCGACAGGGAAAUCGUGAGUGAGGUUAUGGAUAUAAUUAGGAAUCCACCGGAAGUCGAUCCGUAUAAUCGCCUAAAGGCGGCGAUAAUUGAUCGAAUAACGGACUUCGAAAGGAGGAGGACCCAGCAACAGCUGAGCCAGGAGGAAUUAGGAGACAAGAAGCCGUCGCAGUUCCUGCGGAGACUCCUACAUUUAUUGGAAGACGGGGCGAAAACUUUUGAUCAGGAACUGUUAAAAAAGCUUUUCCUACAAAAGAUGCCACCGUCAAUAAAGUCAUUCUUGGAGAAGCAAGAAAGCCCACUAGAAGAAAUAGCGAACCUGGCCGACAUGAUUCUGGACACAUACGAAACUAGGCCGGCGAUUGUUUCUGCGAUAACGAAUCUUGAAAUGGCGCUUAUCAAUAAAAGGUUGGACAACCUAGAGGAACAGAUCGAAUGUCUGAUGAGAUGGAGAGAAUCCCGAUCGUCAAGAAGAAGAGGAGCCUCACAGUCGGGCCUAUGCUUCUGCUGCGCUCGCUUUCAAGGAAGAGCGUACAAUGGUUCUUUCCCAUACACGUUGUCGGCGAGAAACCAUCAUGAGCAAACGCGGUCUCACUCGACGAUCCCCAAACGGCCCGCAUUUUCAUAA